GACUAAUAAUUGCAAGUCUAGUCGCCAACAAUGGAUGGACGGAUGGAUGAAUAACAUUGAUUGUUAUGUUUGAAACAAAACUGAUAGAUAAAAUGAAAAGGGUUGUUUAUGAAUCCUUAAUCUCGAUGUUUGUCGUAGUUGUUGUAGCAUAGUACUUGCAGACAGGCAGGCAGGAAAGAUGGGAUGAGAUGAAGAGGGCAUCCAUGUACAGGGACUAACUAGGGCAUACAAGAUAAAUCUCUUAUUACAACUUGCAGCAGCUAGCAGACACCAAUUAUACUGCUUUACAGCCCACACAAAAAUAAACGACUACAGUUCUACUACUACAGCAGCAGCAGCAAUAAUAAUAAUAACAAUAACAAUAAUUUAUUGUUAUUGUUAUUAUUAUUGUUAUUAUUAUCAUAAUAAAUCUCUCUCUCUCUCUCUCUCUCUCACUCUGUCUAUUUCUUAUUCAUCUUCAUCGUCAUCUUCUUUCCUUUUUUUUUUUUUCUUGAUAUUAUUAAUUACGUCAAGACUUUUUUCAGUAAGAAUAUGGGGUUUUAUUUAUUCAUUUAAUUAAAUAUUCUUUGUUGUAUAUAAUAAAGAAUUAUUUGUGAUUUAGACUUUUUAGAGUGAUGGAGUUUCGUGUUUGAGUUUGGUAGUGAGGGUGAGGGAGUAAUAGUAGGGAGUAGUAAUAAACCACCUCUUCCCUGGUCGCGUUGUCGGCGCGAGGUCACUUUCUGUCGGCAAUGUCUGUACUGUAUCCAACGAUGAUUCUCAACUUUAUUAUUUAUUAAUAUUAUUUUUAAAGAGAAAAGGUACAGCAAGCUGCUGAUUGGUUUCAGAUUUUUCCUUGCUUAAUCAGUCGCAGUUUGUUUGUCGUAGACCAGGCCUUGAAGCUGUGUUCAUCUUCACAACUGGGGUUUGUUUCUUUCUUGUUUUUUUUUUUCUUUUGAGAAUUUGUUGCUGGGAAUGUGGGGUGAUUUUUUAUUUUGGUGAUUGUGCUAUUGGAACCCUGACUCAAUUUGUCACUGGCAAAUGAAGCUGAGGUUUCUGGGGAUCUGGCUGCAUAAUUUAUCUGUGAAUACAGGUUCCAUGUAUAUUGUCUCAUAUUCGACUAAAACCUUACGGCAUAGCUGAAGCGGUUCCCAUACCAGAUGUCAAGGACUCUUGCAGCCAUAUUGGGAGGUGCUGCAGGAGUCAUGGCAUUGGUGGGGGCAGUUAUUUUUCUUCUAUGGUGCCUUUCUCACAAAAAGAGCGUGUCAAGAACUUCAGAGACAGGAUCUUCUGAAACAUCUGUUCAAGGAAGGCAUGCAGGGAUUGAGUUGUCAUUACAAGAAGCAAGGCGUUUUGAGAUGGAAGAAUUGUCUCUGGCCACGAAAGGUUUUAGCGAGAAAAAUUUGAUGGGGUUUGGAAAGUUUGGGGAGGUAUAUAAGGGUUUGCUUAAUAAUGGGAUGGUUGUAGCCAUCAAAAAGAGACCUGGAGCUCCUAGUCCAGAAUUCGUUGAUGAGGUGCGCUACCUUUCACCUAUUCAGCAUCGGAAUCUUGUGACUCUUUUGGGCUACUGCCAGGAAAAUGACCUACAGUUUCUUGUAUACGAGUAUAUCCCUAGUGGGAGCGUUUCCAAUCACUUGUAUGGACCUGGUCAAACUUUGGAUGGGAAGCUUGAAUUCAAGCAUAGGCUCUCAAUCGCUCUAGGGGCUGCUAAAGGUGAUCCUUUGCAAAAUCAGUCAGCAUUUUGGCUUUCCUGUGCAUGUGCCACCUCAUUCAUCUCAUCCCAUGCUACAGGUUUGGCUCAUCUUCACUCUCUAUCUCCCCGUUUGGUGCACAAAAAUUUCAAAACAGCCAACGUUCUCGUGGAUGAAAAUUUCAUUGCUAAAGUUGCAGAUGCAGGACUUCGUAAUUUCCUGGGAAAAGUUGAUAUUGCAGGCCCAUCUACGCAAGUGACAUCAGAUGAGAUAUUUCUUGCCCCAGAGGUGAGAGAGUUCAGGCGAUUUUCUGAAAAAAGCGACGUGUUCAGUUUUGGUGUAUUCCUUCUAGAGUUGCUAAGCGGCAAGGAGGCAGCAGAACCAUCUCCAGGGACGAAUCAAAAUCUGGUUGAAUGGGUCCAAAAUACUCAGGACUACGCCAACUUUGCCAGCAUUGUCGACCAAAGAUUGGGGAGUAGCUUCACUGCUGAAGGUAUGGAAGAGUUUAUACAGUUGAUGCUCCGAUGUGUGGAACCUUCAAGUGAGAGACGACCAGCCAUGAAUUAUGUGGUAAUGGAACUUGAUCGUAUAAUCGAGAAAGAGAUGAACUUGACGACAGUCAUGGGGGAAGGAACCCCAACGGUGACCCUUGGAAGCCACUUAUUCAGAUCAGCCAUAUAAAACAAAUUUGUUUUCCUUAAAAAUUGUUGAGAUUGAUUUUUGUGAUACUUCAAUUGUUUACUUCAAGUGUUUAUUCCCCUUUUUUGAGAGCUCAGUGAAGAUAGUCAGCUGUUUGUAAGUGUAUAAAAGAACAGCUGUGUUAUUAUUGUUGUUAUUUUUUUAAUUUUUUUUUAUCAUAAAUGUAUUGAUAAUCUUGCUGUAAACCAUUACUUUUCGUAUAUAAGGGGUUCUGUUCUGUUA